GUUAAAAGAUUUGCCUCUGAAUGGUUAAGUAUUAUACAGAGUCUGAAUGGUUAAGACCUCUUAUCUGAAUUGAUCAGACAUUUGCCUCUGAAUAGUUAAGCAAUAUACUAGCUCUUAAUGGUUCAGACCUCUUACUGGUUCAGCACUUAAUGGUUCAGACCUCUUACUGGUUCAGCACUUACCGAUUCAGAAGUUGCCAAACAGUCUCCAAACUGUUUGUUUCAGCCUCUUAAUGGUUCAGAUGUCUGAAUGGUUAAGAGAUUUGCCUCUGAAUGGUUAAGUAUUAUACAGAGUCUGAAUGGUUAAGACCUCUUAUCUGAAUUGAUCAGACAUUUGCCUCUGAAUAGUUAAGCAAUAUACUAGCUCUUAAUGGUUCAGACCUCUUACUGGUUCAGCACUUAAUAGUUCAGACCUCUUACUGGUUCAGCACUUACUGAUUCAGAAGUUGCCAAACAGCCCCUAAACAUAGGAAAAGAACUAAUGCAGGGUGGGCGACACACAAAAAUCUCUCUCUCUCUCUCACACACACACACAUAUAUAUAUGGGGUUAGGAUUUCUAGAGAGAAGGGGGAGUUUUCAACGGAGGCACCACUUCGCCGAUCCUUUCAAUUUCGAUGGCCAAUUCCCGCAUCAUCAGAACUGGAAUUAUGAAGGGAGAGGUAGAGGAACCCCUACACCUCGGUGGCGAAGCAAUUCGAGAAACAUCAGAAAAGGAUGGAGAUCCAAAACCUGGUUUGGUGAUGUCCGAGCAAACUCUCCUCGUUACAAAGGUCCUUUUAUAUGCAAUUCUAGCGUUUCAAUCUCGAUCGAGAGCAAGGUAUUUAAUUUCCAGACUCCAGGCCUGAUUGUAAUUUCUGAAUCCAAGAAUGGUAAAUCUCGAAUUGUUUCUUUAUCGCGUUCUACUGCCUCGUGGCUUUCUGAAUCACUAAGUCACCCACCAUUGGCUAGAGAGGGUUGGGUGAUUUCCAAAUAUGAGGGAAAUUUGAAGGUGAAAUGCCACUGGGAUUCAAAUUUUUCUGGAAAUUUUGUUAGAAUUAGCGCAGGGACAGAAAGGGAGAUGUCGAAUAUUUGCAUUCCGGUUGGAAGGCAUUCAUAAGGAAUUAAGCUUUUUGUUAAAGCUCUGAAUGUAGCACUAAGCUUCCAAGAAGGCCAGGAAUCUGGGGUUAAGGAUUUAAACUUUAUCAAAGCUCCUGCACCUCUAGACUUGCUGAUGCUUCCUGGGGAAUGAGUAGAGGAGAAGCAAAGGGGGUUUCCUUCCAUUUCAUCUAAUAUUUUUGAACAAGAUAUUGUGCAGGUUUCAAGGAUUGAAAAAAUCACAGAAAAGGGGCUUUUUUCUGAUCCAAAAGAGGAACUCGAAGAGGAAAUAAACAAAGUUCAAAAAUUAUUCCAACCAGCUUUUGAGGCCUACUUUGAAUCGAUCUUCAAGGCAGUAGAAAGACAAAUUAAAGAGGCUUUGGCAAGGACAGAACUUCUGGACAAACUCAAAAUGGGUCUCUUUCAAAAUAUGUCGGGGAAGACGUUAAGAGCAACAAGGGAAACAGUGAAAAGCAUGAAAAAAGUAACCCUGGUUCAAUUCGAAGAUUCAAAAUACCCAGCUUUUAUUUCCUGCUCCAAGGCUGAUGAAGGUCUUAUGGUUGAAUUUUUAACAGGGGAACAAGCUGCAGAGUCCCAAACUACAACUGCUUAAGUCUCUUUGGAUGGGCUAGUGGGUCUCUCCUAUUAAAGGGACGAUGGGUAACCGAUGUGAGCAUUCAUCUGUUGUGCAUACCCUCGGGGAAAUAUGAUACUUCCAAGCUAUGUUGCUCUUUUCAUUAAGACUUGAACAAACUCAAAAUGGGUCUACUUCAGUAACUUUUUAGGAAUGGGCAAUGCUGCUGUUUCAUUAAGACUUGAACAACAUGCAUUGUCCGGCAGCUGGUUGGGGGCCUCGUUCGGGUCUGUCCCCUUUUGUUUAAAUUCUUUCAAUUGGAGUCAUUGAAGACCCACCU